AUGUCCCCAGCAAAUUGUUUUACCGAGACAUAUAUUUGUGAAAAGUUCUCAUUUAAUGUUAUUAAGGGAGCGACUGUCACGGAGAGCUUGAGCGCUGAGACUCAGGACGAGAGUUUUGAACGUGAAGAACUCGACUACGACGAAGAUGAUGACGAAGAGCAUAAAGAAGAACGUACUGGUCGUUUCACUUCGGAGAGAAGCCAGACAAAUUCAGGAGCGACUGUCACGGAGAGCUUGAGCGCUGAGACUCAGGACGAGAGUUUCGAACGUGAAGAACUCGAUUACGACGAAGAUGAUGACGAAGAGCAUAAAGAAGAACGUACUGGUCGUUUCACUUCGGAGAGAAGCCAGACAAAUUCAACACCGCCGACUACAAAUGCAAUAAGUAGAGUGGAAAGUCGACGUCAAGGCGUGGACAAUCGAAAUCAACACCAAGGCCCGAAACAGUGGCAGAACAACGGCGGACGAGGCGGCAAUGGUCGUGGUAGUCGUGGUAAUGGGCAGCGCUUCAAUAGAAGUGGUCCUCCGCAGAAUGGUAGAAAUGUAAGAGUUCCAUUCCGUUCAUUCAGAGGCGGAGCACAAUAUGGUGGAAAUAUUCGUGGCACCAACGGACCACCCAGUCUACUGAUGGGAGCUUCAAACCCACAACCACUCCUAGCACUGAAUCCCCACGGUGUUUUUGGACCGCCACCAGGUGGAAAGAUCUUGAUCAAUCCGAAUUUCAGAGGACCGAUGGGACCGCCUGGACCAGGACCUUUGGGUCCACCAAGUGUUAUACCUCCAGUCGGAUCGCGCCCUUCGAUCUUGCCAUCCAUUGUUCCUGGCCAAGCAGGUCCGAUCAUCCCACGUCUCCCGAAUGGUAUUCCUCUUACUGGUCUACCAUCAAAUCAUGGAGCAGCAGGAUUUGGUCCCCCAGUACAACAGCCGCCGCCGUCUACCCGUCCGCCCAUGCCACCUCCAAUAAUGCCUGGCAUGUCCGCCCUCAUUAGUCGACCUGUGCCAGUUGUGCAGUGGGAUCAAGCUGUUGAGGAGUUCCUGAGUGGCUCAACGCUACAACGUCAACGAAGUCCACGAAGGCGACAUCGUCGUAGUUCAUCGUAUAGCAGCUACAGUAGCUACAGCAGUCGCUCACGAAGCGCUGGCAGUUCACGAUCGCGUUCACCUCGACGCCGGCGUGAUAAUAGAGGCGGCGGCAGUAGCCGACCUCGUGUGCAAAGAGACCGCAGCGGACGAGGCGGAGGAAAUGUUAGAGGGCGAGGAGGUCAGAAUAGGAGAGAUAAUGCUCCGAGAAGAGACACCAAGGAUCACAAACAGAUAUCAGUAGAAUGUGCCAAGGCAGUUGGAAUCGAUAACGACUAUCUUUCAAAGCUCGAAGAUCAACGAAGAAAGCGUGAUGAAGUGCUAAGACGAAAAGAACAACGUCGAUUUGGUGGUAAUCAGCAGGAGUCGUCGAAUGGACGAUCAAACGAUCGAGGAAGUAGUCGUCAGAACCAGCAGAGAGAUCGCCGACCAAACGAAGGCGGCUCAUCAAGCAAUGAUCAUCGACGUAGUGGUGGCAGUGGUUCAACAUCUCAGUCUACAUCCAGGCCAUCUACAGAAGCGGAAGCAGCACUAAAGAAGAAUAAAGCCUAUUUGUGCGUCAAUGUGAAGAAUAUAAAACAGCUCACAACGGCAAAAAUGCGUGUCGAAACACUAGCAAAGGAUUUGGGAGAGAUUAGGAAGUGCUGGAAGUCGAAUGAGGACCAAGUGACUGUGAUAUUCGUUGAACAUGCGAAAGCAAAGGAGUUCAUGUUGAAAUACAAUAACAAAGUUCUUUCUGGACUUCGUAUACAAGUCAGCUUGGAGAAGGCAUAUCUCAACCUAUCUGAAAUCCAAUAG